GUUAGUAAUGAAACCCCGGAACAUCCUGUUAUUUCACCAGUAUCAGGACAUGUUUUUGAAAAAAGGUUAAUUGAGAAAUAUAUACAAGAAAAUGGAACAGACCCUAUGAAUGGAGCUGAACUUUCAGUUGAUAUAUUGAUAGACAUUAAAGUGUCACCAUUAGUUAAACCUAGACCACCAUCAGCUACUAGUGUCCCUGCUAUACUUAAAUCCUUACAAGAUGAAUGGGAUGCUGUUAUGUUACAUAGUUUUACUUUACGACAACAGUUACAAACAGCUAGACAAGAAUUGUCUCAUGCUUUAUAUCAACAUGAUGCAGCCUGUCGUGUUAUUGCUAGAUUAACUAAAGAAGUCACAGCUGCCAGAGAGGCUUUAGCUACAUUGAAACCACAAGCUGGUAUAACUGCUGGUGCUCCAGGAUAUGCUCCACCUUCUCAAGCACCAGCCUAUGCUGCUGAGGCAGGUGCUGAAGCUGUUCAACCAAUGGAAGAAGCUGGUAUGAGUGAGGAGGUUAUUCAGAAGUUAUUAGACAAGGCUACACUGCUAACAGCUGAACGUAAAAAGAGAGGUAAACAAGUACCUGAUGGAUUAGCUACAGUAGAAGAUAUAAGAUCAUAUAGACAGUUGGCUUCACAUACUGGUUUACACAGUGCUAGUGUGCCAGGUAUAUUGUGUUUAGAUAUGUGUUUAAAAGAUACUUCAAGAAUUGUUACAGGUGGUAAUGAUAAGAAUGCUGUAGUAUUUAAUAAAGAUACAGAACAAGUAAUGGCUAUAUUAAAAGGACAUACUAAAAAAGUUACUAGUGUUAUAUAUCACCCUGAAGAUGAAAUUGUUAUAUCAGCCUCACCAGAUUGUUCUAUUAGAGUAUGGGGUGUACAGACAGCUCAGUGUGCUCAGUUAAUACGUGCCCAUGAAGCCCCAGUUACUGGUAUUAGUUUACAUGCUACUGGUGACUAUCUGCUCAGUUGUUCCACAGACAUGCACUGGGCAUUCUCUGAUAUCAGAACUGGAAGAGUUUUAACUAAAGUAACUGAUACAUCAACACAAUCGGCUUUAACUUGUGCACAGUUCCAUCCUGAUGGUUUAAUUUUUGGUACUGGUACUGAAGAUUCUGUUAUUAAGAUUUGGGAUUUGAAAGAAAGAACUAAUGUAGCGAAUUUCCCUGGACAUCAAGGACCUGUUACUAGCAUUGCAUUUUCUGAAAAUGGUUACUAUUUGGCUACGUCUGCUGAAGAUUCUGUUGUUAAAUUGUGGGAUUUGAGGAAACUGAAGAAUUUUAAGACAAUUCAGUUAACUGACAAAUAUGAGGUUCGCUCAUUAAGUUUUGAUCAAAGUGGUACCUAUCUGGCUGUUGCUGGUUCAGAUGUUAGAGUAUAUCUAUGUAAACAGUGGAAUGAAUUGGCUAUAUUUAAUGACCAUACAGCCACAGCUACUGGUGUACAGUUUGGUACCAAUGCUAGAUACGUUUCAUCAGCUAGUAUGGAUAGAUCAUUGAAAUUCUUUGGACUACCUUAA